CAACCGCAACAUAAGGUUACCUUUCAAAAUAAAAGCAAAACCAAAUCAUCCGGACUGAAAAAUGCACAAUAAAGUUUACGGUGCCUCUUUGUGAAAACGUGAAGUUGAGCUGACAAUAAGGCAGAGAAGCUCCCGCAUUCUACGAACACGUUUCUUCUUUAAAUCUCCGCUAACAGCGUAACUGUACGUCAGUUACGCGGGUUUGGAGCUCGCGCGUAGUCGACGCACGUACGUGGAGCUGGAACAGAAAUUAAGCGAACUGUCCAAGAAACACUGAAGAAAAACGUUUCUUUCGUUUCGUUAACUCAAUUCUGACAACAGCCCCGCUUAAACCCCGUCAGGAGGGACAGAGAGUCUCCGUCUCUUUACAUCCAGCUGCUGUUUGGUGGCCUGCGUUAUUCCACAGAACAGCAGCAGAUGAAAGAAGCAAUGCCUGAAAAACAUGUCUCACAAAGAAGAUAACGAGGAGAAGAGGCGCUGCCAUCGCACUGAUUUGUAUGCCAGCAUCCCUCGAACAUGUCUGCCUAUUGUGUACCACCCAGACUACAACAUCACUUUUAUGGGCCUUGAAAAGCUUCAUCCGUUUGAUGCGGGAAAGUGGGGGAAAGUCAUCCGCUUCUUGAAAGAGGAGCAGUUUAUCAAUGAUGGGAACCUUGUGGAAGCUCGUGAAGCUGCUGAGGAGGAUCUGCUGAUCGUUCACACCAAACGCUACCUCAACAGAUUAAAGUGGUCUCUGGUGGUGGCAACCAUCACAGAAAUUCCACCUCUCCUGUUUCUGCCUAAUUUCCUGGUGCAGCGGAAGGUGCUAAGGCCUUUGCGGACCCAGACAGGGGGAACAAUAAUGGCAGGAAAACUUGCUGUUGAGCGAGGGUGGGCCAUAAACGUAGGAGGAGGCUUCCACCACUGCUCCAGCGACAGAGGAGGUGGAUUUUGUGCCUAUGCUGACAUCACUUUGGCCAUCAAGUUUCUGUUUGAGAGAGUCGAAGGCAUCUCCAGGGUGACCAUCAUCGAUCUGGAUGCUCAUCAGGGAAAUGGACACGAGCGUGACUUUUUGGACGACAGGCGAGUGUUCAUCAUGGAUAUGUAUAAUCGCUACAUUUAUCCUGGAGACGAAUAUGCCAAAAGAGCAAUAAAAAGGAAGGUGGAGCUGGACUGGGGCACUGAAGACUCAGAGUACCUUCAGAAGGUUGAGCUCCACAUGGAGGGAACACUGAAUGAGGUCUUGCCUGAUAUCAUCGUUUAUAAUGCAGGGACAGACAUCUUGGAUGGGGACCCACUUGGGGGACUCUCAAUAUCACCACAGGGCAUUAUAAAGAGAGAUGAGCUCGUGUUCAGGGCUGCGAAGCGUCGGGGGAUCCCCGUACUCAUGAUGACAUCCGGAGGAUAUCAGAAGAAAACAGCCCGCAUAAUCGCCGACUCCAUCCUCAACCUGCACCGGCAAGGUCUAAUAGAAGGCAACGCCACGGAAGGAGAGGGAUCGACACCACUGAUGACCCACAUGACGUCCACCUCUGGAUCGGCAGGGUCAACAUCCACAGCUGUCUGAGGAGCCUUAAUCCUGAAGCUAACACUAACAUACCUGACUUUAAAGCACUAAGUAACUUUAUAUUGUGCUGUGAUCGUGUGACAGCUGUUGUAACAUUCAACACUUGUCUAAACUCAGAUUAUGUAACAAGAAGUUUGCACAUGUACACUUAAAUAUUCAUAAGCUUUGGUAACAUUUUCACAUUUGUUAUGCGCAGGUUGACACAUACUCAAAGGGAAUAAUCAUUCAGAGGGAGAAAGCUGUCUUUAAACAACCGUGUUUUCACAGCUACGACUUUCAUAUGGCACAAAAGAGCUUUUUAAAUGUUUAAUCAGUAGGAGAGUUGUGGGUUUUAUGUGUAAUGUGUGAUCAGGUCAGCAUUUUGGCUAAAGGUAAUCUUUAAUCUCAGGAAAUGCAAAACUAAUAAUAGCAUAUGAAGCAUAUGCUAUAUUAAGGCUUGAUGUACUUAAAUAAUAUACUUCCAAUGUAUGUGUAAAUAAUGUCUCAAGUUAUAAAUAGAAAACAUAUAUAAUAUAAAAACAAACAUAACCGCACAUGAAAGUGUAAUUAUCUUAAUCAGAAGUAAUCUUUGGGUGAAUUUUAACAUUGAAAGAAGAUCAAAUCUAUAUAUAUAAGUGACUAGUGUCUUAAUUGAGAUGAGUUUUGUGCUUUGAAUCCAAUCUAAUAUGUACAGUUAAUGUUUAAAGUUAUUACAGGUACUAAUUGUCCCUGUAAUUGAAAAGAUUUGAGACACUAAAACUUUUGACUGAGCACUUUAACUGCUUAAGAAACUCAAGUCCCCCAACAUUUUAGACUCCUGAAAUUCAGUCUGCUUGUUCCAGAGUUUUUUCCACCAUGUCUACAUUUAAGUCUAAAAUCCAGAGUGUUCAGUGAUUAAUGAGAAAGCCUGUACAGCAGGGUUUCCAGUGGCUUUCACUUUUGAUUGGUUGUUUAUAGUUAGACACAGAGCUUCCCUAAUGAUGUUUACACAUGCAGAAACGUUGUAAAAGGAGCCACAAAAACACUCAGAUCAAUACGAUUAAUGCAGCAACUGAAACAAUAUCACCGCUUCCAAAAGAUACUAAAGACAUCGUCUGACACAGACUGAAUACAAGCUGUGUGCUGGGGUGUAAUGAUCACUACGACAUUUUACUAUCAAUCUCUGCCUAAAACAUGCACGAACUGAAGUCACAGUGCAUCACAAGCCUUUCUGUGAAAUACUGGCAUUGUCCUUCUUUGCUAAUAUAAGCUGAUAUCAAAUGACAGGGCAUAGUGGUGGUCCCACGAGAACCUACAUCAGUGUUGGCUGUGGAAUCAUUUAGCAUUCAUUAUAUUUUGGGUGUCUCAUGUUUUUGGCAUUGCAAUGAUGUAUUUGUUCAUGUACAUAUAGGAGAAUUUAAAGUUGCUAUUUUUCAUAUGUACAGUUUUGUGUGUGUCCAUCUACCCCAAAUCAAAAAACAAACAUCAAUGGAAAACAUUUUGUGAGCACUUUAUAAUUGGCCUUGCAGCUGUGAUGGCCACAUUGCAAAUACUGGUUAUCGCUGGUGUCGGUAUAGCUAAAGCUAGUUAACCAGCUACAUGUAUUUAAAACAUCAACAGACACAUGGCCAUAUACGCUGUGUGAACGUGAAAUCCACCCAAGCAUCCCACUAUGGUAAACAACUUUUUUCACUUAGCAUUACAAAAAUGGCUUUCAACUUUUUACAUCCACCUGACAACCUAUCUGAGGCUGCUUUGGAGUUUGGUAAAUGUCCACCAAGCAGGCAGAAAGGUGAAAAUGUGGUGCUCUCCCCGAAACAUAUUAGGAUUACAGGACGGAGCCAAAGCUUGGGCACUUCAGCGACAGCUUUGACUCAUCCACCCACACCAAAUUAUGAACUCACUCUGAUAACCUCCCUCCUCUCUCAUUCAUACUAAAUGAACACUCCUGGUUGCAACUGUCACAACCACAUUAGGUACAAUGCAUGCUUUAAGUGUUAAGUUCAGAGUAAUUUGCAAUAACACUGCCUGCAUAACCUAUUAGUAAGUCAUCUUUGAUUAAUUGAACAAGUACAAAAACCAAGUAGGUAUUCGCACUUGCACUUUGCACAGUAAAUUUUGCCCUAUAUGUUGGGAUGCCUUUUUCUGGAAUAUUAAAUAGUUUCCUCCCACAGGCCAAAGACAUGCAUGUUCACUUGAAUGGUAACUAAACUGGUCGUAGGGUAGAUAUGCGGUUGUCCCUCAGUGUUAACCAUGUGGUGGAUUUGGGACCAAUCACCUUUCACCCUAUAGUGAACAGGCAUUGGCUACAGCCAAGCUAUAACCCUGUUUUGAAUGUGUAUUUAAAAAAAAUGGAUGAAAAUAAUUAUCAAAAAAAGAAAACCUUAAACCCCUUGUACUAAUUCAUUUCUGCUGUUGAGGGUACUGUUUGGAUUUGGCUUUAGAUUAUUAAGUGUGAAAAUACUUUCCCCAUUUGGCCCAGUAACAUACAAUGAAAGCAUGUUUAAGUAGUGUUUAAUAACAGCAGACAAGGGUUCUGCAAUAUCACCAUGAAGGUGGUACGAGAGUUUUUGUCAUUGCAUUCAGUUGUUCUUUGCUAUUUUGUGGCUGAUUAGACCUGAAGUGGCUGUAAUCUUCAUGUUUGUUGUGUGCUAUUGCUACAGCUGUACUGUGAAAGUUUAUGGCUGUAAUGCAGACUUGCAGUUAUUUGAAAGAUUCAAAGGUCCAUCUUUGAACAGCGUGAAAGCCGUAUUGGGGUACUUAUCCUGGAAGCUGUUUGGAAACACUCAAAACCAAACUGUGAAAGGCGGGCCAUAGUGGUGUCUGUGCUAAUUAGUUAAAGCCUUUGAUCUGGCAUGCUGCUUUUGAAUGCAGCUAAAAGGUUUAGUGCAGUCUACCUUUAAUUAGGACUAUGAAAGUGUUGCUUACUGUAUGGAGGUUUGUUCUUAAUACACAAUGCCAUCACAGCUCGUCUGAUCCUUUCUGUGUCAGCCAGUUUUUAUUACUGAAUCUUAUGUGCCAAAAAUAGAACUUAAAAGCUGUACUGUAUGUUUUUGUUGUGUGUAAACACUGAAAAUUCCUUCUAUGCAUUUAUCAUGACAUUGAAUAAAUUCUAUA